AUGGGCUCGGAACUUGGAAUCACCGCUAGCACGGCGGAUCUCAUCGUGCUCUCGCCAGUGAGUAUCUGGUGGGCUACCUGGGCUUGUGUCUGGACGGUCGCCAUCGUGUGCGGCGUAACAUAUCUGAUUAUCCAUCGAAAUGCACCAACACUCCGCAUCCGUGGCCUCGGUCUAUCACUCUCUGCUAUCUUUCUUCUGCACUUAUACUGGGCCGUCUGCCAAUUUGGAGUCAUGGUCGGUGCACUCCUGCCCGGAGACGCCCAGUUCUGGAUCAUGGGAACUUUUCUCCCAUUAGGCCUUUCCUUGUUCCACGCAUCGAACGCUCGUUUCCUUCACGUUGCAAAGCUUCAGAAGAAAUACGCCCAAUACGGCCACCGUCUUUUUGAAGUCCUACCCCAGGAAACCCCCAAAGGCCUGGUGAAUCGGUUCCGCGCUCUUAGAUACAACACCAAGGUUCUCACCAUUGUUGGUGUUGGCAUGUUCCUUCAAGUUUUCCUUACCAUCCUCAUGUGGGUCAUUUCUCGCAAGUUCCACAGCUCCUGGGGUAUUCCCGGCACCGAAGUUCACGGCUCAGCCAUGGCACAAAAGACCGCUCAGGGCAGUGGAUGGGAGUGGUGGCCCAGUGUUUUUUACCAGCUGCUCUGGGCUUGGGUCAUCGCGCCCAUUGUUCUCUGGAAAUCUCGCAACAUCAAUGAUACCCAGGGCUGGCGAACGCAAACCAUUGGCUGUGCUCUUGCCAACCUCCAUGGAACACCAAUGUGGCUGAUUGGUCUUUACGUCCCGGCCAUGGCACCAGUCAAUGCCGUCUUCAUUCCUCCUCAAUGGAUCUGCUUGUCCAUCUGGUUCAUGGAGAUCUUCACAGUUUUCGUCCCCUGCUACGAAGUCUUCCGCUCCAAAUCCCUCCGCCAAGAGACCCUCGACUCCAUCGCCCGAUGGGAACUAAAGGUCAAAUCCACCGGCUCUGAAGAAAAAUCCCUAAACUCCCAGUCCACCAUGGUCGAAUCCUUCUUCUCGGGCUGGAAAUCCACCAACAACUCCAUCAAGUCAACCGGCUCCCGCGACAGCAUCCUGACCAUGCACGCGCUCGAGCACGUCCUCGAACGCAACCCAGCCCCCCUGCAAGAAUUCUCCGCGCUCCGCGAAUUCUCCGGCGAGAACAUCGCUUUCCUGACCGGCAUCGCCGAGUGGAAGAGCUCUCUCCCUGCCGCCCUGAAAGACGCGGCUUCCGAAGAACAGCCUUCCGAAGAAGCUGUGCGCGAGUCGUUCAACCGCGCUCUGCACCUGUACGCGAAGUUCAUCAGUGUCCGCCAUGCAGAGUUCCCCUUAAACAUUUCCUCGCAAGAUCUUAGCGCCCUCGAUCACAUCUUCGAGAAGCCUACGAGUUUGCUAUAUGGUGACGAGCGCGAGCCCAACCAGGUCAGCCCAUUUGAUAAGUUUGCUUUUGAUCUUCCGUCGCCUACUCUAUCUACUUCUUCUGAGAAGGGAUUGAGGGCUUCGUCGUCGGAGAUCAAGGAUCGAGUUCGGUUCUGGGGCCAGAUCCCGGAGGGCUUUGGUGCGACUGUGUUCGAUGAUGCCGAGAAGAGUAUCAAGUACCUUGUGCUUACCAACACGUGGCCCAAGUUUAUCAAGGACCGCCGGACGUCUAUUGAAUCUUUUGAGACCUUGAAGCCUGGUAUGGACGUCUAA